AAUCAACACAACCAUACAAGGAAACAAGUAUUUUUUGCAUAUGGCUCGGCAGGAAGAGGGUUGGCCCCUGGGUUUGCAGCCUCUGAAUGUGAGAGUUGGGUUGGCCAGAAACAACCAUUUUUCAGGAUCAAUAUCAUUCAAUGCUACAACACUCACUUGUUCUCCAUCUUCCUCUUCGGAUUCCUCAUCAGAUUUAGACACAGAGUCUACAGGGUCUUUCUUCCACGACAAGAGCACAACACUUGGGAGCCUUAUAGGUGUUUCUAGCAUUGUGGAGCUUUCCAGGAGAUCAAUAAGAGGAAGAAAAGCAGAAUCAUCAAAGGAAAAAAAGAACACUAACACCACCACCACCACCAGCAACAAAUCAAAAUUUUGGCUUCUCUCUCUAUGUUCAAGGGACAGUACAGAUGCGGAGAUUGCAGAUAUGAACAACCCUCCAUCCCUAGGCCACUUCCUUGCCGUCGAGAGAAGAGCUGCCAACGAAUGUGGGAGGAACCAUACCUCUAGUCCCAUAAUUUUUGGACCUGAUGAGCUUGCCCUGACUCUGCCGGCUACUGAACCCAACUCACUGUUUAUCAAUGGCUGUGUUGCUCCUCCUCAAUCAAGUUCUUGCCAUGCUCCAGAUUCUGAGAGCAGAAAGAAAAACACGACUGGAAUGGAGAAUAGUAAAGAACCUAAUAGUUAUGGAGUUUCAAUUCUGUUCUCAUGCAUGUGUGCACAGGCUUCACUCUAGGCAUGUCCCUAAAUGUUUUAUCUUUUUGGUCUCACACAUUUCUGAUUGAAUUUCAUGUUCUAUGAAGGAAUUGAAUGAAUCCCCUCUACAUGUAGAUGGAGUUCUUUCUUCAAUAAAGAGUCUUUCCAAUU